AUGUCCGACCCGAAAAGAAGGUGUGUACAGACAAGCAGGGAUCCUGAAGUAUGGAUGCAAUGGUUCAACGAAAUAUCAAGUGGGGAGGAAAGCCCACUCGAUGAGGAAGACUCGGAUGAAAAAGAAGAGGAUGUGUGUGUGGAAAGUGACCAUCAUGAGACAGAGUCUGAACAAGAAAUACCGGAGGUAGAUCAAGAUGAGCCUGAUUGGGAAGAAGAAACCGAUGAAGGAGAAGCUGAUAUAUUUUACUGGGGAAAAGACAAAGUUACGAAGUGGAAGAAGGGUAGAUCCAACACUCAAGUACGUACUCGGUCUCAGAACAUAAUAAAAUUGUUGCCCGGAACAAAAGGUAGUGCGCGAAAUGCCAGGAGUGAAACUGAUUGCCUAAAACUAUUUAUAAAUGACACGGUGAUAAGAAUUAUAACUAUUUCUACCAACAUAUAUAUCAUGAAAGUCAAAAGUAAGUUUCAACGGUUCAGAGAUGCCAGGCAAACUGAUGAGAGAGAAAUUACAGCUUUCAUUGGAAUUCUCAUUCUGAUUGGAACCCUCAGAAGUUCACGGAAAAACCUGAAAAAUAUUUGGGAUAACUCUAAAGGAAGUGGAGUGGAAGCUUGCUAUCUAGCGAUGAGUGAAAAGAGAUUUAGAUUUCUGAUAAGGUGUUUGCGGUUUGAUGACAUAAGAACAAGAGAUGAAAGAAAGGAAAUAGAUAAGUUGGCGCCCAUUCGAGAACUAUUUGAAACAUUCUUGGUGAAUUUUCAAAACAAUUUUAUUGCCAGUGAGUACCUCACUGUUGACGAGCAGUUGUUAGCUUUUAGAGGACGCUGUGGAUUCAAGCAGUUCAUUCCAUCAAAGCCGGCCAAAUAUGGCAUCAAGACAUUUGCGCUGUGUGAUUCAAAGACAUCAUACACAUUCAACUUGGAAACCUACGUUGGAACACAACCAGAGGGUCCAUAUAAGCUCAGUAAUUCCUCCGAAGACAUUGUAAUCAGAUUAGUAAAUCCAGUGGCAGGGACCAAUCGCAAUAUCACGGGCGAUAACUGGUUUACCAGUUUAUCAUUGGUGAAAAAACUGUUACAAGAAAAAAAGCUAACCUACAUCGGAACUAUGCGAAAAAAUAAGAGGGAGAUCCCUCCACAAUUCUUGCCGAAUAAGAAUCGACCAGAGAAAUCGUCCUUGUUUGGUUUUCAGAAGGACUGUACCAUGGUAUCGUACUGCCCAAAAAAAAAUAGAUCUGUGAUUUUGUUAUCGUCCAUGCACUUUGAUGAUGCAAUAGAUGAGGAAACGGGUGAUGACAAAAAACCAGUAAUCAUAGCCGAUUAUAAUCACACAAAAAUUGAUGUUGACCUGGUAGACCAGUUAUGCCAGAAGUACAAUGUUGCAAGAAAUACACGUCGUUGGCCAACGGUGGUAUUUUACAACUUGAUCAACAUAUCUGGCAUAAACGCAUUGUGCGUCUAUAAGGCAAAUCACCCGCCACAAAAAAGAAUCGCACGGUCCGACUUUUUACAAAGUUGUGCAUGGGAUCUGAUCCGACCCCAGAUAGAAUUUCGGUCAACCAUCCCGUCACUGCCAGUGGAUAUGAGGCGACGGGCACGAGCUACCCUAAAUGUUAGGGAGGUAUCACCUUCCCCCUCUAAUCAACCAAAAACCACUGUUGGACGUUGUCAUAUUUGCCCUAGACAACGUGAUAAAUCAACACGUAAAAUUUGUUCGCAAUGUAGAAGGUUUGCAUGCAAACAACACAUGAGUGAUACUUGCACGGCAUGCCUGAAGGAAUAG